GGCGGUGGUGGUGGCAGUGGUUGCGAACAAAGAGCAGGCAGUGGGGAGGAGAGGAUCGGAGAGCAGCGCAGCGGAGUGCAGCGCAGCACGUCGGGGGCGCUCAGGCUGCUGGCUCGUUUGCAGACCGGCGAUGCGGGAAGCGGGCAGAAUGCCGUCCGGGCAGCGGGGGACCCUGGCCCCCUAACCCUCCCCUCAUCAGCCCUCCUGCCCGGGAGCUCCGAGACAAGUAGAAGCCGGAUGGCAGCCGGGGCCCCACGCGGCUGAGCCUAGAGCCAGGGCCGGGGAGCCAGGGGAGGCGGAGGAAGAGGAGGGAGGGAGGGAGAGGCGGCCAGGAGGCAGGCAUCUCCCCCCACUUUUUUCCACCCCCACCCCCAGCCGUCCACCCCCCACCCCUCGGAAUCCCCCGCGGACAGCCGGGCCCAUGGCCGGGGUCAGCUACUCCGCGCCCUGGUGGGUGAAUCUCUUGCACCGGCUGCCCCAUUUCAACCUGCAGUGGGAGACGACGAGCAGCCAGUUCCGGCCCGAGGACACGGAAUACCAGCAGGCCCUGUUGCUGCUGGGUAGUGUAGCCCUAUCUUGCCUGGCUCUGGACCUCCUCUUCCUCCUCUUCUACUCCUUCUGGCUGUGUUGUCGCCAUCGGAAAAGUGAGGAACAUCUCGAUGCUGAUUGUUGCUGUACAGCCUGGUGUGUCAUUAUCGCUACUCUGGUCUGCAGUGCUGGCAUCGCAGUGGGAUUCUAUGGCAAUGGAGAGACCAGUGACGGCAUUCACCGGGUCACAUAUUCGCUUCGCCAUGCAAACCGCACUGUGGCUGGAGUCCAGGAUCGGGUGACAGACACCACAAUGGCCCUCAAUCAGACAGUGGAGACCAGCCUUCAGACCCUGGAGAAGCUCUACACGAAGCAUACUGAUUAUCUGCACAUUGUCCAGAAGCUCCAGGGGCUUCUGUAUGACUUGGUGCGGCAGACCACAGAGAUCCCCUUCUGGAAGAACAGCGCAGUAUCCCUGGAGGAUCUGGCUGUGCAGGUUGACCUCUAUGAUUGGUACAGGUGGCUGGGGUACCUGGGCCUCCUCCUUUUUGAUGUCUUGAUCUGUUUGCUCGUGUUAUUUGGACUCAUCCGGAAUUCCAAGGCCAUCCUUGUAGGGGUGUGUUUGCUGGGUGUGUUAGCCUUGGUGAUCAGCUGGGGAUCCUUAGGGCUUGAGCUUGCAGUCUCUGUGGGUUCCAGUGACUUUUGUGUGGACCCUGAUACCUAUGUGACUAAGAUGGUGGACGAUCACUCAGUACUUAGUGCAGAGAUCCUUCACUAUUACCUGGACUGUUCUGCUGGAUACAUAAACCCCUUUCAGCAGAAGCUGUCUGGGAGUCACAAAGCUCUGGUGGAAAUGCAAGAUGAUGUUCUGGAGCUCUUAAGGUCUGCACUUAGAGAAUACCCCACCUCUAAGGAUUAUCUGAUACGCAUCCAGGAAGUUCUGAAUUCCACAGAAAUCAAUCUACAGCAUUUGACUGCACUGGUGGAUUGCCGCAGCCUGCAUCUGGAUUAUGUCCAGGCUCUGACUGGCUUCUGCUAUGAUGGAGUAGAGGGUCUCAUCUACCUGGUGCUUUUCUCUUUUGUCACUGCCCUCAUGUUCAGCUCUAUCGUGUGCAGUGUUCCUCACACCUGGCAGCAAAAAAGGGCUGCUGAUGAUGAUGGGGAGGAAGAGUCUGCAGCUCCAGGAACCAGGCAGACCCAUGACAACCUGUAUCGAGUACACAUGCCCAGUCUGUACAGCUGUGGGAGCAGCUAUGGUAGUGAGACCAGCAUCCCUGCAGCAGCACACACAGUCAGCAACGCCCCUGUCACGGAGUACAUGAGCCAGAAUGCGAAUUUCCAGAAUCCUCGAUGCGAGAACACCCCUCUGAUUGGCCGAGAAUCCCCACCGCCUUCAUACACCUCCAGCAUGAGAGCCAAAUACCUCGCUACCAACCAACCUCGCCCUGACUCCAGCAGCGGGCAUUAGACACCGAUCGCAAAUGUGCCAACUGCCCCCUGCCCCCCCGUGCUCCCUUGCCAAACCACUCUGCUUCCCUCCCUCCACUCCUCCUGAUGCUGGCGCUGUACCUCCUGCUUCUGCUGCUCCCGGCAUCUGGGACCCUGAGAGGCCAAGGACCGCCAGGGAAUGAGCCCAGAGAGCGGGCAGGGGCUCCUGGGGCAGCCAAGGACUCACCUUCCAGCUGCACGAGCUGCGCAGGCCGUGGGCCCAGAUUCAUGUGCUUCUUCCAUAAGCCAGAUGGGAAUAUUAAUAGAUCAGUUUCCUACUCCUC